AUGUCUCAGUCGACGUCUCCUAUAGCUGAUAAGCCAUCUAUAUCAGCACAGCAAACUAUUACAUUCAACGAUCAACUAAAUAUCCUUUCCAUCACCCAUCACCAUGGAGACCAUAAACAACACCUUGUUUCUCUGCUCCUUAUCACUCGGGGCCCUCACGACGUCGGCGCCAUCUCUCUUAUCAGACAUCCUCAAAAGAUCUCAAUCUACUAUACCAAAAAGGAACCUUGUAAUCAACAAGAGCGUGAAUACAUCGACCGUGUAUUAAAACGCGCCCUCGCUAGUAGGGACGAAAAGACAAAAGCCGCAUGCCGGACGGACAUUCUACAUAACGUCAUUCAGAACUGUACUCUCAAGAUCAACAGGCGGCUCACCAAGAUCUGCCAUCGAUUGGGACAUCUCAAUAGAGCUGUAGGCCAUUAUAGAAUAGUUUCCAGUCCUUAUAUCAUGGAUAUUGAGACUUCACUCAGGAAAUUUAUUCCAGGAUAUUACUUCCCGAAAGAAGAGACUAUAAAACAAUUUCUGACCCGGAUUUUUGAUGGAAUGAGAGCUGAUGUUGGGAAGCCUGAUGUUAACUUCGGAACUUUAAUCAGGCUUUCCUGGGCAAUAUCCGCGACACCUAAUAUUGAUCUUAUACUUGACGAAGUCCUGUUGUAUCGCAUCAGAAAGCUUGGCGACUAUGAAUUGGCCAUUCGGAUACUGGUGGCCGAGGUUUCAGAUCUGAAAGGACCAAAAAAGCAUUGUACGACAAUUGAAGAGGUUUUAUCGCUUGAGUCUUUUAGCAUUUCUCUCUCUGUAAGCCCAGAGCAGAUUCUCAAGACAUGGGCCAAAGAUAGGAAUGUAGAAUCUGUAUUCACGCAGGAUCAUUUUCGUUUGGUUUUCCCGCAGAUGAAAUCAUCUACAGAAAGUUCCGUCAAUUUGACUGAGAAACAGAUGAUUGUGUCAUCUGUGCAUUGUGAAUGCGCUCUUGCAUUGUAUCUUCUGAAAAAGUAUUGGUGCAUCAAUAAUCAAAAGAAAAGAUAUUUGAAAAUCCAGCUUGGGGUUUCAAAGCCGGGCUGUCUCAUGUGCCGAAGAUUCAUCGACGUUCUAAUGGUGGAAAGCCCCGGUGUUGCCAUCAUUGUUACGAGCUUUAACGACAAGAUACCGGUAGGAUGGAAAGUUCCGAAUGCCUCUUCAACUCUCGUUAAAAAUACCAUCCAUAACCAGGUAUCGAACCUUGUGGAUACUGUUUUUGAAAGAGUUCUUUCCACGUGCUGCGAGUUAAAACAAAACGAUUUUGUUUCCGCAUCAGUUAUUUCUGAAAGGUAUUCUGGCCGGUAG